CGGAAAGAUCUCGUACGCGCGCGCGGUGAGACUAGCACCGCGUAGGACAAUCGAAUAUAGUUCGCCGAGUCUCGCGUCACUGAUAAUGCAUCCGAUUGCACUCAAACAGCGCGUGCACUCGCGCUUUUCCGUGCACUUCUGAAUAUAGGGCUGUUCUUUAUAGUUGAACUUGGCUGCACUAGUCCAGAAUUUAUCUUUUUCUCUCCACAUUGGAAGAAAAAAGAUAAACUUUGAAGUAGUGCAGUCAGUUCAGCUCAUUGUCAGUUCAAUUAUAAAGAACAGACCACAUGUAUUUUCGUCCAAAUGUCAUCGAGCGCUACACGUGCUGUCAGAGCUGUCAGGUGAUCCAGCGAAGCGAUGGCGUCGUUACGAAAGUGUUUACGAAGAGACUCGUUGCUGUUUAUUCAAUCGAAUGAACUCUAUGAUAAGUAAAUAACGAUCAAUUAUUACGUCAUAAAUAUCCAAGAUGUACGGGAAAACAUACCAUUUGAUGGUGGUAUCGGAAUUCAUUAGGAGCAUUGAACAACAACAUAUACAUGUGUAUUUGGAUCACACUCAAUAUUGAUGGGUAUCAGUCAUUUGUUCAGCGCUCGGAUUCCCCCGUCCCCAUGACGAGAGCCGCAAACAAUCUCGAUCGCUUUCGAGGAUCCGAAUUUUAUGCGCAAGCUGCAAACGGCGAUAUGCCAGAAACUGCUACUCAAUCGAAACGAAUUUCAGGCCCGCGAGCCGGAGCCGUGACUCGGGUGGAGACCAGGCUGCCCCGAUGCGUCCAACGUAGAUUACCGUGCGCUCCGGUGCCCGUAAGAUGCCAUCCACGACCAAGCCCGUACCGAUGCGCCGACGAUCAUCGCGUAUCCCGAAGACCUUACAAACUGGCGGUUGGUCUGUCGGUGACUAGCCGAACCGGCACCCCAACACCGAUCCCCAAGAGCUGCUCCGAUCGAUGCCCGCCUAGCGGUUGCUUCCUGGGCAUCGGCACUCCUCGCUGCAAGAAGAGCCUGUCAAUGAUGGAUUUGUCCGCCGUCGAUCCCGAUAUUGGUGAUCUCAAGUCAGAGAGCGGCUCUACCGUCAGUCGCCUCGACGAGAUCGCCGACAAAUCCAAAGAUAUCUUGGCGAACGGCGGAAGCGGCAGAUCAUGGACGGACGCUACGCCGUCCUCGGAAUCCGAGCAGGGCGAAAUUGCCGGUUCGGAGGAUCUGACGAUCCGAGCGGCGAACAUUGUGUGCCACAUGCUAAUGCUGAACGCUUGGCGACAUAGACGCGCCGAGAUCACGCAGCUAGAGCAACAGGUGGAGCACCUGCAUCUCCAGAUCGAGUUCCUGCGUCGAUUGUUACUCGCCGAAAACGACCGGGUUGGCAGAUUGAACGGUGAACUGUAUCGCGAAAAGUCACAAUUGGAGGAGACGACGCGCGAGCGCGACGCCAUCAAAUUGGAGAGAGACAAAUUGGAAGUCGAACUAAAGCAUGUCGACGAGAUUUCUCAGGAACGAUCGGUCACCGUGGGAAAUCUGAAAAACGAGCUCUUGACCGCACAAGAUCAGUUAAAGGCGCUCGACAAGCAAAUGGCGAAAGAUCGGGAGAAGCUCUUAAAAUUACGGGAAGAUAAGAGGAUUCUCCUGGAUAAGGUAUCAGCCAGCGAGGCAUUGGCAACGGAUCGUCGCAUCAGAGCCGAAAAAGCAGAAUCUACUGUCGAGGAGUUGCAGCUGCGAUUAGCGGCGCAGGUGGCUCACGCCGAGUCAAUGCAGGAACAGUUGCAGCGCCUUUCCAGGGAAUUACAAGUUACGGACGAGGAGAAGCAGAGAUUAGAGAAACGUGUGAGAGCCAGCGAGGGUAACGCGAGGGCUCUGAGUUUACGUGCCAUUUCUCUGGAGAGUCAAUUAGUCGAUCGAGAAGCUGAACUUCGUCGCGUCGAAUCGGACUACAAUUCCCAGAUGACGGAAUUGAGAGAGCUGCGAGAGCGACUACUACGUCAGUCUCAAGAGGGUGGCUGGAGUAGUCGGAUGUUGCAGAUUGCUGGGAGCAUCAUGCGCGCGUCAAUCAUCCGGACUUUCGCUUUCCUAUCCAGUGCUGCUCUGUCAUUGCCGCCGUAAGAGUAAGUAAAUAUUUUAUGAUACUAGCACUUGAAAAGAUUCAACAACCAGAAAUGAUACGAGAAUUUUUGCUUCGUUAUUUUAUGUCGUUUGACUUACAAUUAGACUUAGUCUGCGAUAUUAUAUAAUACAGGGAGCUGAAGAAACAUUACUAAUUUUUGUAUGUAAAAUAAGCAGAAAGGGCUUAAGCGUGAUUGCGAUUUUCUGGGAGCCGAUUUUAUUCGGAGAAAAACGUACCGGUCAGUUGAGGCAAACGUGUCUUUGGCCGUGUGAAAAGGAGGAUGAUUUACAAUUGAAAAUGGCAAUUCGGAGAAUGACAAGGACAAGCACUCGUAGGAUGGCAAAUAAAUUGACAAGCAUUAUCUUCUCCUUUCGUAUUACGUUUAAAAUUUAACAUUGCAAUCUUUUUUUUUCGAAUCAAUAUUUAACUUUUAAAUAACGGAUAUUUUAUAUGUAUAUAUACGCUUGACACAUACCGUGGAUAAAACAAGCGAUUUUAUCGCAUUAUGCGAUAUUUCGAUUUAUAGGGAUCAAGUUUUUUCUUUUUUGUAUGUAAAUUGUAUAAUAUAAGCAAGAAAAUGAUGUGUACUAAAUGGAUCUUUUAGCAGGAUUUGUGUAAUAAACGUGAGAUAUUACAUACCUUUUUAUCUAUAUAUUUUUAUAUUCCUUCGUGUAACAUGAUAAACUGAUAAAAAUAAAUUACCGUCAGAAUAUUAUCUGAUGGCAGAUUACUACUGCGAGGCGUAGUACGAUUUGCGAUUGUUGGCCAUUCGUGCAUUUUCUUACAACGAAUUGCCCGCUAUGGCGAGGUUACUACGUUUCAAUUUAUUAUCCCUCUCUACUUAAUAUAAUAAUUACAUGUUACUGCAUCUUAAAUAAAUACGUAUACAUCAGAAUGCGAUGCUCGCAUACGGUUACAGUAUUUCAUUAUGACUAAGUAAUCAUUUUAUUAUUAUCGCGAGUAUUUUGCGUUGAUAAGAAAUAAUGCGUAGUGUCUCGGAAUACGAUCGUAUUUAGUACAGGACGUACACACUAAUUAGCUUACGUUAUCCGCCAUCUUCGACGUUGGAAGUACCGUAUAAUUGCUGUGCUGUAAUCAUAUAAGUGGGAUACAACGAAAGAAGUAAAAAACUGCUAGGCACAAAGCUUCAAUGUAUUAGUAUCGUUUUUAAGUCGUUUUAAAAUCACAUAUUGUGCGCCAUUUGACAAAAACGUGUUGCAAAAAAAAAAAAAAA